UCACAUUGAUCACUUUAUUUAAUCCUCACCAGGAUCAUAUGAGGUAGGCUUUUUGUGAAAGCCUCUUUUUCUGAUGCUUGUUUACCAAUGCUUAACUCCCACAGUUAAAUGCCACUUAGUUCAAUUAGUUGGGUGAAAUAAGAGUCAAUUUAGCUAUUCUGCUUUGGAAAUUACAAAAACGAAAAACAACAGUGAAACUUUGAAAUAAAAUUUUACAUUCCUUUAACAUUUUAAGAAAGUGUUAAUCUUGAAGUUUCACUUGACCUAGAAUUCAAGUUCUAAUAAUGAAAGGAUAAGGUCAAGGCCCAGGAUUUAGCAUAGUGUCUAGCAUUAAUUACUUGGGUUAGUACUUUUUUACUAAACUGAAAUGAACUAAAAUUUUCAUUUAAUAACAUUUUCUUAUAUGUAACAGCACGUCUCUGACUUUCCCCAAUUAUGAUAAACCUUAAUUAACACAGAUUUACUCACGCAAAACUUAGGAAAUUUCUACUAGAGACUUUUUUCUAAAGCGAAAGGAAGCACGGAAACCUCCGUAAAUAGCAGCAGCAGCAUCUCCCACGUGGAUCCGGUAAUUUUCCAGCCCUAGCCCUUCAUUCAAUCUUCCUUGCUUAAAAAUCCCCUCAACAUCCAUGGCGAAAUACAGGCCUUUGCUCAGGCUUAAAUUUCCCGGAGUCCAGGUACCCGGGUUAAGGCCGCUGUGAGAUUGACAGGCAUUUUAUCCAAUAGCAUUGCAGAGAGGCGUAUCAUUUGACCGACGCACCAAUCAGCACGCAAAGAGUCUCCGUCGCCACGGUGAAGGCGGAAGUAAGGCCCUGCGGCGCCCCCAUGGACUCACUUCUGGAGCAUUUGGAUCGUUUCUCUGAGGUUCUGGCUGUCUCCCGCACAACCCACGUCAGCACUUGGGACCCCGCAACCGUUCGCAGGGCUUUACAGUGGGCGGGCUACCUGCGCCACAUCCACAGGCGCUUUGGCCGCCAUGCCCGUAUUCGCAAAGCUCUGGAGCAGCGACUGCAAAACCAGUGGAAGCAGGAGGGUGACUCUGGGCCCGCUCCAGCCCCGGGCUUGGCGAACUUCCAGGCCUUGGGGCACUGUGACCAGCUGCUGUCUCUGCGACUGCUGGCGAACCCGGCCCUCGGAGAUGCCUCCUUUCACUUCCUGCUACAGCAGCUCUUUCCCGGCCCCGGCGAUCCGGACGCCGAGGAGGAGACGCUCCAGGGCAGCCUGGCCCACUUCGCCCGCUGCCGGGCCGCUGCCCACAUGCUGCGCUUCCACGCCUACAGAGAAAACCCGGUCCUUCAGAAGGACUCAGUGAUGAAGACGCAGGCGGAGCUGCUUCUGAGGCGUCUGCAGGAGGUGGGGGAAGCCGAAGCUGAGGGCCCUGGCAGGCUUCUCAGCCUCCUGUGGGAGCGCCUGCCCCAGAGCAACUUCCUGAAGGUGGUGGCGGCCGCGCUGCUGCUGCCGGCGGCAUCCCCCCGACUCCAAGAAGAGGAAUUGAGAGUAGGCAGCCCCAGAACACCGGAAGACGGGCGUCAAGAGCUGCUUCGUUGGCUUCUGGGGAAAUCAGAUAUCGCGGUUGCCUUUUGCCGCAACCUCCCAGCUGAGCUUUUAACUUCCGUGGCGGGGCGCCAUCCAGAGCUGUUCCCUGUCUAUCUGGGUCUGCUCACAAACUGGGGUCGUCAACUGCACUAUGACCUUCCGAAAGGCCUUUGGAUUGGAACUGAGCCCCAGGAUGUGCCCUGGGAGGAGUUGUUCAGCAGGUUUCAAAGCCUCUGUCAGGCCCCUCCUCCUCUGAAAGAUGAAGUUCUAACUGCCCUGAAGUCCUAUAAGGCUCAAGAUGGAGAUUUCGAAGUCCCUGGUCUUAGCAUCUGGACAGACCUGUUGUUAGCUCUUGGGAGUCUUGUAUGAUAUUGCACUGGGGAAGAGACAAGUUUUCAGCCCAGGCCCAAGUUCUCAGUGGGCAACAUUGUGUUACUGAUUACUCGAAUGUAUGGUUUACAAAAUUAAAAUUCCUGUGUUCUCACCACA